GCACCGGGGGAGCAGCUGGCUGGUGUCAAAAGGAUCAUUUGAAGGACUCGCUUCGUGGAGAGGCAUAACGGGUGGUUUUAGGGUCCAAGAUGGACGUGGACCUCCCUAAACCCCGAAUAUUUCUGAACUACAACGCCCUGUUUUCACAGUGAGAAUCAUUCUGCAUGGUGUGACUUCUGUUUUGUCUGGUAAAGUUGUUGCAGAAAUACCUCAUGCAAAUUGGUGGAGUUUACCAGUUGGUGCGACCCAAGUGAUGGCUGCGGUGCAAGACGGCCCGUGGAAGAGCCUGAGUUCAGGGAAGAAAGUAGCCUUGGCUGCAGGCCUCUCUGUGGGGGCCACAGUGGGCUACCUUGUUUACCGCCACAUUCGAAGCAGCAGUGUGCAGUGCGAAAGUAAAGAGGAGUCCAGAAUAUCUAUUCCACUUGACGUGUACCGAUCUAUUGCGAGAUAUCAGAGCGCCUUUCUAGAUAUAGUGAAUCAGAAGUCUGGCGCCCAAAUAAACAUGUUACCGAACACUAAAGAGCAGAGCUUGGUGAAUUUUCUCAUCCAGGGUUCACCCGAGCAGAUUCUUGUGGCGCAGUGUGCUCUGGAGAAGCUGGCCACCGACUGUGAGGUCAUCAACGAUGUCAUUGAAGUGCCUCAGACGGCAUUUGGACGAAUAAUAGGUCGUGGUGGUGAGACCUUGAAGUUCAUUAACAGAGUCUCUGGGGCCAGGGUGAACUGCCCCAGAGAUCGUGGACGCAGCAUACAGGAGAAGGGCAAGAUCACAAUUACUGGCACACGCAAGGAAAUUAAAAGUGCUAAGGAGAUGAUCAUGGAGAAGGUCAUAGAGAAUGAAACUGUACGAAAGCGGAUAAGUCAGUCCUCUGCUCUGCGUCAGAAGAGGAAACCACUGGAAGUGGAGCAAUUUGACAAAGCUCCAAGAUUAGAGAAUGAAUUAUUAAAGCCUAAUGGCAAAGAUUUACUUUCACCACUGACUAAGCUUCAACAUGAGGGACUUGUUACGUUGAAUGGCUUUGCAGUCAGCCCUGAUACAGCUGAAAAUUCCCUCAAAUCAGAGGAGGAGGAGAUUCUUUCUCCAGUAUCACCUUUGGAGAUCUCAAAAUUUGAAAUUCCAAGCCCAGAUCUGAGCUUCCAGCCUGAUGAGCACCUGGAGGUGUAUGUGUCUGCCUCUGAGAAUCCUCAGCACUUUUGGAUCCAGAUUCUGGGAGUACGAUCUCUACAGCUGGAUAAACUGACUGCUGAAAUGAGCUGUUUCUACAACAGUGACGCCUCGCAAGAGCACAGAGUGGAGACCAUUAUUGUUGGAGACAUAGUGGCUGCUUCAUACAGAGACCAUGGUACAUGGAACCGUGCUCGAGUGUUAGGUAUUCUGGGUUCUAACUUGGUGGAUUUGUAUUACGUGGACUUUGGAGACAACGGGGAGCUUCCACGGGAACACUUACGAAGCAUGAGAAGUGACUUCUUGAGCCUACCCUUCCAAGCCAUUGAGUGCAGCCUAGCAGGGGUCCGUCCUGCAGGAGAGGUUUGGACCGAGGCAGCCCUGGAUGACUUUGAACGCAUGACGUACUGUGCCGAAUGGAAACCAUUACUGGCCAAACUGUACAGCUAUUCUCAUUCCGAGAUCUCAUCCUGGCCCAGUGUGAAACUCUAUGACAACAGCCAGCUAAAGGCUGUGGAUCUGGGUAAGGAAUUGAUUCGUCUUGGUCAUGCUGUGAGCUGUGAGGAUGAAGGGUUUGGGCUCAGGGAAGACUGGGAUGAGUCCAGAUCACUGCAGAAGAUGCUGGAUGACAUGACGGGAGCAACCUCAGAACUGAGUAUGUCCUGCAUUAGUUUAUCAGAAGUUGCCUCAAUUUCUGGAAGCGUGGAUGAUACUAUUGAUGAGGAAUUCAACUGACAACUGACCUAAGACAUAUAUGCCUUUUAUUGAGACCAGUCGUUACCUUCAUUUAGCAUUUAACACAUGCCUCCUGUCUCUGAGAAAGAGCCUUACUUGACUACGCCACCUGCUCGAACUGCCUGUAUUUACUGCUUAAAUACACAAUUAUUUUCACAGUUUGUCUUGCUUAAAAUUUACAGCCUGUGUGUCAGGAAGACUUUGGAGGUUUUUUUUGUACUGGUUAUACUUGCGUUCUCAUUGUGUUAAUCUCAUUUCCUGUAUCUAAAAUGUUAUGGCAGCACCUUUUUGGAUUCCCUCAUAUGUCUGAAGAGUUGACUGACAGUUGAAGAGCAGAGCUCAGGGAACUUAUGAUUGACUUCGUUAGAAACCUCAGUGUUAUUGCAGUGUAGCACCAAAGUUACUGUUGUUUUUAAGUGAGAUGGUUUUGUUGUUUUUGUACGGUUUGUACUUUUGUUUCUCAUUUCCUGUUUCAAAGUUUGUUGUCAAUGUUGUUUUAUUUCAUUGAAUGCUAUAUAAUAUAAAUAUAUAUAAUCAAAUAAAGAUAAUUAUAC